UUAUGAGCCGUUCUCCCCUCUGCAGUCUUCUGUGGUUUCCAUGUAUUGAUGUGUGUAUGCAUGGGUGUGCAUGUUUCUAUGCAUCCCACAGGGCCGGAGGGGUAGCAUCUCGGCUCCAGUCUCUGCUUUACUGCCCCAGCCGGUCACCGUCUCCAUGGGUAGGCGGACGACACUGCUGCCCAGACGCAAGAGCAAAACCCUCAACCUAGACGAGCUGGAGAAGCCUCGGUUUGCAGUGGAGAAAGUACUGGCUGACUGACAUGUACACUGUAACCUAUCUGACGGUUUAACAUUGUUCACCUUGAUUACCGACAGAGGAUGUCAAUGACUGUCUCUCCCUCUCUUUCUCUCCCUAUUUCUCUUUCUGACGAGCAGGUGUUGUUUCUGGCCACCCGUGAGCGUAGCCCUGACACGGCCAUCCUCCUGACCAGCUCAGCAGACGGCUACAUCUACGCCUGGUCUAUCGGCCGUAACGGAGGGCUGCUGGGGAAAUUCCGUGCCGUGCAUAGCAAGGGGCCAGUCAUCUGUGCCAUGUCCACUGACAGACAGGACCAGAUACUGCUCACUGGAGACAGCAACGGAUACAUCACGCUGUGGGACAUUGAGAAGUAUUGUUACCGUAUGAGGGGUGGGGUGGCUGAGGAAGAAUCAUCCAAUGAGGACUCUCUGAGGUUGCCUCAACUCAUACCUCCCUACUGCAAAGUGGAGGGACCACGGAGGCUGGUGGUGGAGCAGGUCAAAGAGAUUUUGCAGGGACGGAGUGUGUCCCUGAUCCCCCCUAGGCCCCUGAGUUCCUGGCGCUGCCACCUGAAAGGGAUCGUUCAUCUUGAGUAUGUGGAGCGUUUCCGCCUCAUCGUCACAGCCAGCCUGGACUGUAACGUACGUCUGUGGACCACCGCUGGCAGAUACAUCGGCACUUUUGGGCAGGGCCUGUGGCGGGUGGGCGACCCCAAGGCCCUCCACACAGAGCUCCCAGUGGACCUGAAGAGGAUGGGGUCCUGUCAGACACUUAAAGUCCUUAAUGAGGGGAAGUACCCGCACUGGAGCUGUGCCAAACGCAUCCUGGAGGGCCUGACUGCACAGAAGAGUCAGCAGUCGACAAAGUUUGGUGGGGUCACAACGCAGCUGAGGGAACUGGUUCCUACCGACCCACGGAUCGUCAAGUACACCGACGAGCAGAUUGAGAACACAUGGAGACUGUGGCAGGAGAAGGGAAGGCAGACCAGCAGCAUUUUAGGACGAGCAUACAAACAGAAAGUGAGACAUCACCUUCCGUCCUGUACCCCUGACCUCCAGACAACCUUCAGCAGUCAAGAGCAGUUGAGGGUGUAUAAGGCCUUGCCCUACAGCGUUCUGCGGCCCGUCACCCUGCCCCCUGUCCCAGAGCUUCUGAAGGACCAUCAACACAGGUUAAAUGAGGGCACAGACACUGCCGCCAAGCAGAAGAGGAGCACUAAGCGCCGGCCCCACUCACACACACGCUACCUGGCUGCUCCUCCAUGACCAGCAACUCCCAGGUGCUAAUAUGACCCUCGCUGAUUACACUCAGAAAUAAAAAUGAGUCUGGC